AUGAUCAACAUUCGUCAGAAGUUUGCUUGCGACGGUCAAGUCACCUUCUACCGCGCUGUGCCCGAACACCAGGCGAAUGCGUGGAGAACGAUGGCCCGCCACGCUCGCGGGUGGUUCAGUGAACGCUUCAAUAAGACGUUCAUCCCGGAAUCGGAAGCCAACGACCGGAACUGGUUCAAGAUGCGAGCUGGCUGGCGCGAACUCCCUAUCGUAGCUUUGGGCGACGUGCGCUUCUACGUCUACGGGUGGAACCACACCGUCGCACUGCGCUCCAACCGCACGGAAAUCAUGUUGCGCAAAGGCGACAUUUUCGUCUAUCGCGGCGACUUGAGUUUUGCCCCGGUUGGUUCGGAAACGAACAGCGUCUGCCUCCACCCAUUCCUGGACACGCCGACAUCGGACCGCUCGCCCGACCAUCAGCCCGUUAUCGUUCCCGCGUUGGAUGACACUGUCUGCUCGGAUGACCCGUUCUGCUUCAUGUGGAACGGGACCUUCCGAGGCAGCGGAAAGCUUGCGAUGCGUCGUCACUUGAACCGCUUCCACGGCUUCCGAUUCCACCAUGGUGCUUCUAUAGAAGCCUAUGCCGAAAGCUAUCUAGCAAUCGACGAGGAAGUGGCUCAGCAAGAAUUGGCGGCGCAAGAGGCAGGGGCAAGUGGUGGAGAUUCCAGCGGAGCGGGUGACGACGCGGACGACUCCAGCUACGAGCCGUCGACCGCUGCUUCAUCUCACGAAUCAUCUAGUUGCGCUUCACCUCCUGUGCGUCAAAUGUCGAGAUCCGAUAAAAUUCAGUCUUGUGAGGAAGACGACGGUGCUUCUCCCGAUAGCGUGGACUAUGAGAGUCGGAACGUCGCCCCCUGCAUUUUGCACCCCUAG